CAGCAGGCAGGCGUUAGAGCAAGUCAGAGCGGGAGUGAAAGAGCACCAGACAGCAGGGUGGAGGGAGAGAGAGGAAGAGAGAGAGAGGGAAACAGAGAGAAAGGGUGAGUGCAUGUGUGGCCAGAAGGAGAGAGGCGAGAGAAGCAGCUAGAGAGCUCGAGGGAGAGACGACAGAGUGGGAGCGAUAGAGUGCUAGAUAAUGGAGGUGCAGUCGGAGUGUGUGGAGCCUCCUGUGGCCCCUCAGUGUGACCCCCAGCCUACAGGGAAGAUCAACAAAGCUGCCUUCAAACUCUUUGGGAAGCGACGCACUGGCUCUGGGAUGGCAAGCUUCUUUUCCUUCAGGAACAAAGGGGCUACCAACAGUGGAAACAACGGGAAUUCUGACAAUGGGAAUUCUUUGAAUGGGAACAGCUCAGCAGCAUCGGUGGAGCUUGUGAGGAGCAAAACCCACGAUGGACUAACGAGCUCCAACAACGAUGCUGAUGGACAGAGAGGUGACGGACUUGCCAGCCUGGAGGCGGGACCUGUGAGGUCUCUCAGCAAAUCGCUGAGUUUCUUCUCUCUUCUCCGACGUGGGAGUUUUAGGUCAAGUGAAAAUGGAGGGGCGGGGCUUGUCAGAAGAGGGAGGGGCCUUAAGGGCUUUUUUAGCAGCAUGCGGUGGAGACGUAAAGAAAAAACUAACGAGGGAGAUGGAGAAGAGGUGGAAGGUAAGAAGGAGAAGGAUGGAGAUACCGCUGACUCUGAAAAGGUGAAGGAUAUUACUCUCACCCUUGAACCACCUCCGCAUCAUCACCAGGAGGACUGUGGGCAAGCAGAAGCAGGACACAACCUCCAAGCAGCAGAGACUCCCACUACUAGUGUUACCAUAACACCCCCACACUGUGUUGCCAUGCCAGGGCCAUCUGGUGAGCCAGACUCCCCCUUUCCUUACAUACCUACUGACUCGCCACUGCGCCCACCCAUCCAAAAAGCCAAAGCGUCAAUUUCCAGCCUCACCCCCUCCCUUGCUACACCCCCAUUGGAUCACUGCAGCACGGGCGACCCACCUUCAGAGCCUUCGGUGGACCGACUCUGCUCUCUCCUCUUCACUGAUGUCACGUCCCUCAAGAGCUUCGAUUCUCUGACGGGCUGUGGAGACAUUAUUGCUGAUGCAGACGAGGAGGGGCCAGUGGGUAAUGGGGGCAGUGGCACCAGCAGCAGCAGCAGUGGGGGAGGAGGGGGGAGUGUGGGAGCCAGCAGUGGGAGAGCAGUUGGUAUCACCAGUGCCGCGUGUCGGGGCUCCCCAUCUAAACCCUCUGUACCUUCUCAGCUGACCCAGCCCAUGUUCUCUGUCUCCCCAAGCUCAGCAUCUGCCUCCCUCCCGGCCCGCACCCGGGCGCCUCCUCCACCACAGCAGCACCCAGCAGGUAGUGGUGUGGUGGCCUACAUGGGUGGAGGGGAAGAAAUGGCAAGCCCAGAAGGUGUGGAUGACGCUGACAUGCAGGGGCUCUGGCACAUGCUGCCUUCUACAGGAGACAACUCCCCUGCACUGCCCCGAUCGCAUCAGCCUUCAUCUACUACCCCCACUUCCACUUAUCCCCCUCGUACCAACCCCGCUAGCUGUCACCUUCCCUCAGCCUCCCGGAGCACAGACAGAAAGGUGCCCCAGGUAAAGGCAUUAGGACUGAGUAAGAUUCCAAUAGUUGGGGGAGCAGGAAGCAGGGCAGCUAAGCCCCCUCUCCCUCACUCACAUGGCCGUCAUCCAACAUCACCUGGUGAGAAAGAGCCCCUUAGUGAUGAGGGCUACUGGGACACACCCUCAGCAACACCUACAGCAACACCAGACGAGAGCGGGCUGCAGAGGAACCAACAGAUGGCCCUAUCAAGGGACAGCUGCUCUGGAGACCACCUGUAUGACCUCUACAAUGAUCCCGAGGAGGAAGGAGAGGAUCAGGGGGAAGAUGAAGAUCUAAACAGUACUCCCUCUCCAUCUACUGAAUACAAAAUGAGCCCCACCUCCCAAACAACUCCCCCUUCCUCCUCCUCUUCUUCCUCCUUCCGAUCAAUGAAAGGCAGCGCCAGCCUUCCUCGAGAGUCCAAGAUCCCUGUAAGCAACAAACAACAAACCCCACCUCCUCAUUCCGUAAGCCAGUCAGCCCUGUCGUCUGUUCUAGAAGCUGAAUCCCCUCAGCCAAAGAACCAAGUCCCUCCCCCAGCUCGCACCAGAAUCCCUGUAUCCAAGGUACCUGUCCGUCGCUCUGGAAACAAACCUGGCAGCACAACCAGAGGAGCUUCCCACAAGAAGUAGUUUCUGUCAAACAGGUGAUUCUCUCAUGCUAACUUUUGGACUUGGGUGCACAUUACUAGAGUGCUGUUUAUGCAAAGCCAAAAGUUUUCCCAGACCAAGAAAAAUGUUGAGCUGCAGAGUUAACAGCCUAUAAAUUCCUUUCAAAUCUUAAAAGCUCUCAUUCCUUCGGUUUUUUUGGCUUAUGACGGACUACACUAGAAUAAGGGGUUUUGUUCACUUGAGAAAGUCACAAGGAGACUCCAAAAAGCUGGGUUAACAUUUCACAGCUCUCGCUGGAACUUUUGAAGUUGACUAUUGACAAUCCAUGGACUCGCAAAAGACACACUGGCCUUGUAAGUUCUUGGAAAAGCUCCUGACCUGCUGACAGUUUAAAAGCCACUUUGACUGAAAACAAAAAGCAGAGCACCUUUUUUAUCUUUCACAUUUUUCUUAUGGAAUUCCUCUUGGCAUAACUCAAUUUGCUGGACCUAAUCUAAUCAAAGGUUAUUAUUGUUAUUAUUAUUAUUAUUAUUAUUAUUAUUAUUAUUAUUAUUAUUAUUAUUAUUAUUAUUAUUAUUAUUAUUAUUUUGUCAUUCUGUCUAAUCCCUAACAAAUUACCUCCUAAUCCUCUGAUUUUAGAGCCAAAGUUUUUAAAAAACACAUAUUCUUGAUUUUAUAGCUUCUGUUAAUCUGAAACAGACUCAACAAUAUACACAGCCUUUAAUAACCUACAAUUUUUUUGUUUGGCUGUUGUUCGUAUUAGUCACUUUUUGAAGAUGGUCUUCUGAUCACACGCUAUUAUUAAACUGGAUGUGCAAAGAUACAAAGGGACACUGAGAUCUGAACCAUUUUUAUUACUUACCUGCUUUGCAGUAACAAACAGAAGGCCACACAGCUCAUGUUUCUGGAGGGGGACACAUCCUCUGUUUUUGACUGUUUAAUUUUUUAUUAUGGAUGGACUAAGUUUGGCUUCAGCCGGUUGCAUUUGGACCUCACUUAUAUACCCUAGUGCAUCACAGGAAGUACAUUCAUAGGAUGUCAGUCUCUGGGAUUUACAAUUUUUUUUUCAUUUCCAAUGGAAACCUGCAAAACUAUCGCAAUACUUUACCUGGAGGGACCCUUGCACUGAUGCUUCAUUACUCAUAGACAGACACUCAGCACAAACACACAUACAAAAUCAUACUUGCACACACAGUCUCUCUUGUUCUCUGCAUGCAGUGCCACACACCCGAGGCACAAAGGUCAGGGAACAUCAUCUAAUGCUGAAGGAUCUUAUAUCUGCACACUGUUCAACCUUUGGCACUGUCUUUGUAGCUAUACUGGAUAACUUUCCUCUCAAAGGACACAUGCACAAACACAUUGUUUUCUAGUCAGUACUUUUUUCUUCACUGGAUUUCAUACUGUUUUUAUAGGCUACUCUUUCCUAAAUCAUUCUGCACGGAUCUUAAACUGUGAUUGCACCAGCUUCUUUUCACUGCUUUCUUUUCUCUCUUCUCUACUAGCAUGGCCACUGUACAGGUUGAAGUGAAUGGAUAACAAAGAGGCUUUCUGUGUGUCAGCCAGUUUCAGAGAGUCAAAACAUACUACAAAGCAAAGUUUGGAAACUGAUUCUAAGUCAGUUCAGAGACCUUCACCCUUCUUCUUCUGGCUGUUGUAUUAAUAAACAUUGUAUGACUUAAUUCCAGGAACCACCACAGCUGUGUGUGAAUCUGAAUGUAGCUUGACAUUGUUAUAGAUCACUGGUCGAUAUAUAUUUUCUUGUAUUUGUUUGUUUUCCUCUUUGCCCCUGUUUUGUAGGGGCAAGGCAAAUGGUGGAUUUUGCUGUUUUCUAAAUCCCCCAUGCUUCGAAAAAUGAAGACAAACUACUACACAGUGCGUGUAGCCUUGCAAAAAGCGCCACUUGUUUUAAAAAUGAGGGGGUGUAUUGCAGUCUUAUAAGGCCUUUGUUAGUGAUUCAAUGAGACAAGUUAUAGGGAUUUUCAGAGGAAAAGACAUUGACGAUGAUGCAAGUUUUGCCUAAUCCUAACCACCAGGGCACCAGUGGCACUUGAGGGUCAUUCUUGCUCAUGAUAGCUUUCAAUCUCAUUUAGAAUGUAAUGAUUGAUCCACAGCAUUGCUCCAGGUUCAGAUAUCUUUUCAGGCCCCUGAUGGUGUAGCAUAGGCAGACCAUGGAGUAACUUGAUUCCAGGUCUGCAGUAGGAACGUUUCUAGGCACAUAAAGAGGGCAGACUGAAGGUCACUUGGGGAGCAGAGAAUACUCACCUUGGUUCAUGUUUUCUCUGCCUAUGUUGUGCCCUUUGCUCUUUUAAUUUAAUCUACAAUCACAUUUCCCUUCUCUUGAGCGCUGAUUGACAAAUGAGUGAUUUAAUGAAAAAAGAUGAUGACAUUAUGUUGUGUUUUGGGGUGGUGCACAUGGCAACAAUGUACAUCUCCAAAGUAUUUCUAGUAAAAAAAAAUCAUACAAAACAGUUGUCGUGAGUGUAGAUUGUUGACCAAAUUAUUUGCCUGAAGAGUUCAAAAAAGCUAAUUUUGCCUCAUAAAUGGGAAACCACGCUGCUGCCAAUGAAAUUAUGUUAAUGCUACAAUUAACCAAGAGCACGCAAGUAUGAACAGGACGACUGAUCAUUAUGUGUCAUAUGUUUCACUGGUUUUGCUCUAAUAGGGCAUUCCUUUCUGUUGAUGUCACUCUGUUCCUCAUAACAAAGUUUGUGUUACUAGAAUUUCCCUGUUCCUCCACCUCUUCCAGGUCUGACAUGGUGAAAAUGAAAGUUGAUCCAUUGCACUGGCGUAUACGUACAUACCCCUGAGGCCAAAAUAUUGUCCCCAGAUUCAGUUCCUUAUUUUUUGCUGACUGGUUCUUCUCUUUUUCUGUUUCAUUAUAAAUGUGGGCCUUCCAAUGAUCAUUUGCUGCAAAGAAGAGCCCAUUAUGUUUUAUGUUUCCCUUUUUUUUGUUACAGUGUGUCUGUUUUACAGUGUGAAAUCUUUCCACUAUUCAUUUUUAAUGAAUAAAACUGUAUUUGCGCUGA